AUGGCCAAGGCGGCCAGCGACCCCAAUCCAGUACUCGUGUCAGAUUGGACGCAUUUCAAAUCUUGGAAUUACAUGGAGGCCGAAGAGGCAUCCGGAUUUGCAAUAUUCUGCGUCGAUAGUAUUUUGAUCAAUGGCAAGGGUAGCAUUUACUGCCCGGGUGAAGAUUAUCUGGUCAACCACACCAGUACCUACAUGAAAUGGGCGCUGUACCCAAACCACGUCAACGACAAGGGUUGUUUUCCCUUCAUGAAAUCCACAGAAGGUCUAUAUCUCAGUGAGGGAAAACCGGAGACGAUUCCACUACACCUUCAAAAGGGCUGCGUGCCUGCCACAGGCGAUUCAGAGACAAUUCACGUGGAUGCGAAAUCAAAAUGGGCAAGUCUGAAUUUUAUAGGAGCAGCAACCUUCAAAACAACCAUCUUCUCGAUUGAUGAGCAUCCUAUGUGGGUCUACGAAGUGGAUGGGCACCGCAUCGAGCCACAAAAAGUUGAUACGGUCAAGAUGUACGCAGGCGAGCGAUACGCGGUCAUGAUACAACUGAACAAGGAGCCCAAAGACUACACGAUACGCAUAGCGGAUAGUGGGUUGACACAAAUCAUCUCCUCGUUUGCCACGUUGCGUUACGCAGGCAGCCCGGGCACACUCUCUGAAGGUCAUGGCGUGAUUAAUUAUGGGGGCCAAAAUACCACGGCUGUCGUCACACUCAAUCGCGAACACCUCCCACCGUUUCCUCCUCUCAAGCCGGCAGCCCACUCAGAUGAGCAUUUUGUCCUCCAUACCCACCGAUGGAUGAGCCCCUGGCAGUACACGCUCAGCGGUGGUGGAAUGUGGCAAGAGGACCGCAGUGCAUACUCGCCUCUCCUCUACAAUAUCAGUCAGCCAGACGCACUUGACGAUGGUCUCAUCGUCCGGACCCGCAAUGGGUCGUGGGUUGAUCUCGUUGUCCAGGUUGGCUCGCAACCGGGACAGCCCCAGGAAUUCCCGCAUAUGAUGCACAAGCACACAGGAAAGAUGUGGCAGGUCGGGGCGGGUGAGGGUAUUUGGAACUACACCACUGUUGACGAAGCGAUUGCUGCUGAGCCGCACCGCUUCAAUCUUGAGACCCCAAACUACCGCGAUACUUUCGUUACCUCCUUCGAUGGACCGUCCUGGCUUGUGCUACGGUAUCAUUCUAUCAAUCCUGGCCCUUGGCUGUUUCACUGUCAUAUCGAAACACAUUUGGCAGGAGGAAUGGCGGUUGCAUUACUGGAUGGCGUUGAUGCAUGGCCAGAGGUUCCACCUGAGUAUGCGCCCCAGCAGAAGGGAUUGAUACCUGGUCAACCGGCCCCGAGACCGGGAAUAUACCUUCCUCUCCCGCAGGAAAAUCUCGAUGACCCUGGGAGUAUAGAAGAGGCUAUGGAUCACAAUGAGAUGGAAAUGAUCGAAUCAUAUCGAUACUCGAAAGUCUGGAACUCAGUGUUGAAGAAGAUGAUCGGGUUCCUUGAGACCAUCAAGUCGACUGGGUAA